UCGAUCGAGACCCGCGAGUUCGUCAUGUCCGCAUUCGCCCUCAGCGCAUCCUCGGUCCUGGGCGCGUCCCGCGCGCGACUCGAGUCGCGCAGGAGGACCCCGACAUCGACCAGGUCCCGCGUCAACCGCGUCGAUGCGAGCGGCGCCAAGAAGAAGGUCUUUAUCGACGGAGAGGCGGGCACCACCGGCCUCCAGGUCCGCGACAGGCUCGCCGGCCGCGACGAUAUAGAGAUCAUCUCUCUCACCGGCGACGAUCGCAAGGAUCCCGCCAAGCGCGCCGAGUUUCUCAACGCCGCGGACGCCGCCAUCCUCUGCCUCCCCGACGACGCGGCGAUCGAGGCGGUCGCUAUGUGCACCGAUCCAGACACCGUCAUCAUCGACGCCUCCACCGCGCACAGGGUCGCGGAAGGCUGGGCGUACGGCUUCCCCGAGCUCAACUCCGAGCAGAAAAAAAAGGUGGCCAGCUCCAAGCGCAUCGCCAACCCGGGGUGCUACCCCACCGGCAUGAUCGCGCUGACCCGGCCGCUGGUGGAUGCCGGGUAUCUGCCCGAGGGAACCGGCCUCGUGGUGCACGCCGUGAGCGGAUACAGCGGCGGCGGGAAGCAGCUCAUGGCCAUCUAUCAAUCGGGCGAAGCCGAGCCGUGGGGCGCGUACGGCUUUAACCUCAAGCACAAGCACCUGCCGGAGAUGGCAGAGUACAGCGCGCUGGGACGCAAGCCCAUCUUCUGCCCGUCCGUCGGCUCCUUCGAGCAGGGCAUGGUCGUGUCCGUCCCCAUCCACUACGACCAGCUUCACGAAACCGGCAGGAGCGGCGAGGCCAUCCAGAAGUGCCUCGAGGAGAGGUACGCCGGCAGCAAGUUCGUCAGCGUCCGCCCGCUGAACAAGACGGAUGACCUGGAGCGGGGCGCGUUCCUCAGGCCGGACUCGCUCAACGACACCAACAAGCUCGAGCUCAGCGUCUUUGCCAGCGACGAGCAGGGCCAGGUUUGGCUAUGCGCGAGGCUCGACAACCUCGGGAAGGGCGCUUCGGGCGCGGCGGUGCAGAACAUGAACCUCGCGCUGGGGCUGCCGGAGGACUCGGGGCUCUGAUGA